AUGCGUUAUCCCGAGGGCGACCUCCCUAUCCUUAGCGCCGAGCUUUAUGACGAUGGUCCAGCUUUUGACUCGCCGAGGCGGUUGACGGCGACACGGAAGAAGCAGGCAUCCUCGUCAUCUCGCGGUCCUGAAGAUGGCCCACGGAAACGGGCAAGGGCACAGGUCGCCGACGCCUCCGAACAUGAAGAUGAGGGCAAGAGGGCAAGGGGCCGACCGCGUUUGGACACUAAGGACGAGACAGCUGCUGACCGGCGGCGGACGCAAAUUCGUCUUGCACAACGAGCCUAUCGGAAUCGCAAGGAGAAUGCUAUUCAGACGCUGGAAAAGAAGGUCCAGGGGCUCAAGGACACCAAUGAAGAGAUGAGCAAUGCGUUUAUGCAACUCCACGAUUUUGCCCUCGGCAGCGGCUUGCUCGACCAGCUUCCCGAGUUCGGCCGUCAGCUGCGAGAAACGACCGAGAGGUUCCUCUCGCUUGCCCGAGAAGCAAGCGACGAUGUUGCGAAGGAUGGUGAGCCAAAUGGCAUCACGAGCAGCCCGGAGGGGAAAAAGCCCAGUAAUGGGCGUGCUAGCUCCGACUCUCCAGGUCAAUCCAACAGUGCGACGCCAACAGCAACAACAAUCCCUUCGGAACUCGGCUUGGAGGAAACCCCCGAGACCCUUCGUGAUGGGCUCAUGCCCUCCUACGAGCCGACCACGCAAGCAGACUUCAACCCCGCCAUCACACUUGCUCAGCAACAGCAAUCUCUCGUGAGCCUUCCUCCACAAGACAAACCCGGCCUACCCACAUUCGCCUACGAAGUCCUCACCCACCCGACCCUCGAAAACGCAAGCUUCCCCUUCCAACCGAACCCCAGCCCGUCCAUCUUCACAGGGUUCCCCACGCCCUCCCUCUCCCAAUCCCCAGUCCCACUAGACACGUACGCCAGCUUCGAGACAACCUUCGGCCGACGCGUGCACCGCUACUCACUCGAGCAGGCCCUAAUUCUGCUGACCAUGCCGAGCCCGCCACAAGCGCUGAUCAUGCGCGUCUUCGGCUUCUGCCUGCAGCUCGAGUCGCCCGCGACCAUCCAGCGCCGGCUGCGGCGCAUGCUGGUCCGCGACACCCAACAGUCCCUCUUCAACUGGCAAUUCCCCUUCUUCAACCUCGGCGGCGCCGGCACCCACUUCGACGACCCCACAACGGCAACCUCACCACAGGACCAACCACAAGGUCAACAACCGCCGCGACGGCCCAUGGGCAACCAGGGCACGGCGGACGUGCUCAAGCCCGGCGAGACGGCCGGGUUCGCGGCGGGGCCCUUCUCGGCCGAGGUCAACGCCGUGCGCGACCGCGACCUGCGCGCCGACAUGCGCAUGGCCCUGCCCGGCUUCGCCGGCGAGUACUUUGACUGCGACGAGGCCGAGAUGUACCUCUACCAGCGCGGCGUCGUCAUCCCGCCCGGGUCGGACGUCGUGACGGUUGAUGUGGACGUCGACCAGCUGCAUACCUAUCGCGAGUCGGGGUGGCGCGCUGAGACGGUGGAUCUGCUUGGGGGGAGCCCGGAGUCGCCGGGGAGUAGUAGUCUGGGGAGUGGGGUGUCAGCCCUGGGCGAGUCGGGGGUGCGGGAUGCUGGGGUGGGGUCGUCGUGGCGGAUGGGGGAUGGUGGUGCGGGUAUGGUGGACCCUGCGCUUGCGGACGUGUUUUCGCAGGGGAACAAUCCCUUCAUGCCGGCCACGACGAUGGCUGGGUCGUCGAUGGGUGCUGGGGACGAUAUGCUUCCGUUUGGAUUUAUGGGGUCGGAUGUGCUGGGGAGUGCAGGGUACGGGAUUCAGGACUUGAACCGUCGGCGGGUGGUGCUCGACGUCACGCGGCUUGUGAAGGAACUGACCAGCCGGGGGAUAUGCCUGGGUCGGACACCGGGGUUCAAGCAAGCUGAUAUUGAUGAUUCGUUUUGGGAGUCGGUGAAGCAUGGCUUGGGUGCUUGA